AUGGGCUGGUUCCCAACGACACGUGAAGAAGCCGAUGGCUGGAAAUUCGACAUUGUCAGUUUGGUGGCUGUCAUUGGAGAAACAACCAUCGAACGCCAUGUGCCUCCGAUGGCAUCGUCGCUCUUCGGACUCAUUCCUCGAUUGAUUCCUGCUCCUCAGACGCUGCUGCAGACUGAACGAGCGACCAGACUGCCCCCCGUCAAAGAUGUCACCGUCAUGGGCGUCGAGUCGGGAACAAAAGUCGAGGAGUUGAAUUUCUUCGCCAACAUCAUCCACGAAGACGUCAAUCGGCUCAAGCCAUUCGAGUUCCGCAUGUACAGAAUCAGCCAUAAUCUGGAGAUCGGCGAUGAGCAGGGCAAGACGUCGGAGAUCGUCAUCGAUCAGCCCUUUCAUCCGUUCGGCUGGAUGACCCUGACCACCACUAUUUCCGUGCUCAUGACUAUCGGAUUGUUCAUCUGGGCGGCGUGUAUCCAUGAUGGUGUUGCGCUGAUCGCCAUCGCUACCAUGUCCAUGUCCACUAGUCUAGGUUGUCUAUCCAACAGAUGGGUACCUGUUCUACAGGCCCGCGCGAUCAAAUCCAAAGUGCCCCCUGGAGACGUCGUUAUUCGAACCCGUCAGGGUGCGUUUGUGGUGGUGCACUGCGAUGAGGAAAUCACCAGAGAACUAUACGUCGCCCCUGACACCUGCAAGUACUAUCUUGAGGGUGCUGCGCACCGAGUGGUACUGGGAAUUAGUACAGUCCUGCUCAUGGCAUCCAUCAUCUUCUUCAGUAACUGCGGAUGGACGAUGCAGACAGCCAUCGGAAUCGCCUACAUCAUCCUCAACAUGAUCUACUGGGCUGUUCCUCGCGUGAUAGAGGAGAAGAACACCUGGGAUCUCAGUCGAUACCAUGUCGAGUACGAUGGAAGCAGCGAUAAGCAUUGCCUGUUGGAUGAAGACCGCGAUCACCGCAACUACACCAAGACACUGUGGUAUGCGAUUCGUGAAACUGGCCGGACUGAAUGGGUGGAGACUGGUCAUUUUGCGCCAAAGACCAAGGCCUGGGACAAGUGGUUAUCCAAGGCGCAGGAGAACAUCGACAAUGACAAUUGGGAUUGGGACGCUGUGGCAUACAAGAACGAGGUGAUGGGCAUCAGACACUAG